UUUUUUUUUCCACUCCCUUGAUGUUCCGCUGCCAAAACCAGAUAUUCGCCUCUCACUUCCCCAUCUGUCUGCCAUUCGAACUUCUCCGUAUUCUCGCUCCCCACUCUUCAGUCUAGUCUCUAUUUCCCACUCCUCGUUACCAUUCUUGAUUUAUGCCCUCUCUAUCUUCUUCAUAAUAUUUUUGUUGCUGACAAGCUCGAGCUAAGCAGUGUUGGAAGACCCAUUUUUUCUUUUUCUUUUUCUUUCUUUUUUAUUUUUUCCCGAACGGUUAGGUGUUGUGCUUCAGUGUACUCUAUCUCGUUAUCUAUCCUUCCUCCUCCGGGAAUGGCUUGAAUCGUGCCCCGCGUUGAGAACAAACCUUCAUCUCCAGCCAGCGAAACGUUUCUGCCUUUCCACUAUCAAAUCACCUUUUUCUCCUCGAGAUCGGGCCAUCCACGACAAAGACGCACUGAAUCCCACUACCUCACGAAUUCCGACCGUUACGAUAUUUUGUCACGUCCUUUCAUGACUGACAUCGCGUGGGUUUGCGACAUCGCUUGAAGCCAUUGGAGACGGCACUUUGAACAUUGCGCCCUGAGUUCAGUCACAAAAUAUCUCGUACGCUAAUCCAACACAAUGGCAUCUGAAAUCGACCCUGUAGCGGGGAUCUCACCUUCGAGGGACUUGGACAACACGUCCGAUACUACCGACGACGACCUCUCUCCCUCCGUGACCACUCCCCCGGCGUCAGUGCCCUCUUUACGCCCGACCGAUAAAAUCCCCGGCAUUACCGCAUCGUCGACACACUUGGGCCAGAUCAGUGCGGCUCGAAGAGGUGCGGGGACACCUCCGCGUCCACAGGCCUCCAUGAGUGGUGCGUCGCAAGGGGGCUUAAACCAGGAUAUUUUGGCGAAAAUGAAGGCGUUCUCUCUUUCUCGGCAAGGCGCGCCCCCAACUUUGCCCCAUGCGGCUUCAACCGGAACUGUACCCAAGACCCCCCGCCCGGGUGUGUCUCCAGCCGGUUUGUCGAGCCCGGGGGGCCAAUCCCCUCCAGUUGUUAAUGGUCCUUUGGCGGGAUCUCUCGCCGGUCGACUGCCCCCGGUAGCUCGCCCGAGCACCAAAAACUGGGUGUCGUCUCCAUCAAUUCCCGGCUCAUCACCGAGUCCCAGUUCCGCCAAACCGGGUGGCCUCGCUGCGAAACGGAUGAAACCUGGGCUCAAGCUAUCCGAUGCCACCGGCACCAAUGGCACUGCUGGAAAUCAGUCUCCUGCCAACGGAACUGAAGGAGCCGGCGAGACUGCGUUUAGUAAAUACUCCGAGUUCAUUGACACUAAGUCGGGGACACUGAACUUCAAAAAUAAGGCAAUUCUGCAUGGCGGCGGAAUUGAGUUCUCAUCUGGGCAUAAGUUCAGCAUUUCCCUGGACGAAGUUGAUCGUCUUGAGGAAUUGGGCAAGGGCAACUAUGGAACAGUAUACAAGGUUCGACAUAGUCGGCCGCAUAUGCGAAAGCCCGGUAUGGGUUUGAGAGGCAUUGUCAGCCGUCCGACAGGGCCCGAAGCGUCUGCACCCGACGGGCUCAAGGAUAAUCUUACUGGGGUCAUCAUGGCCAUGAAAGAGAUCCGCUUGGAGCUAGAUGAGAACAAGUUCGCUCAAAUUAUCAUGGAGUUGGAAAUUCUUCAUCGCUGCGUCUCGCCCUUCAUCAUUGAUUUCUACGGUGCCUUCUUCCAGGAGGGAGCAGUCUACAUCUGCGUUGAGUAUAUGGAUGGCGGGUCGAUUGACAAAAUCUACAAGGAUGGCGUCCCGGAGAAUAUCCUCCGGAAAAUGGCCUUAUCUACUGUCAUGGGACUGAAAACACUCAAAGACGAUCACAACAUCAUUCAUCGUGACGUUAAACCCACAAAUAUUCUGGUCAACUCGCGAGGACAGAUCAAGAUCUGUGAUUUUGGAGUCAGUGGAAACCUGGUUGCCAGUAUUGCCAAGACAAACAUCGGUUGUCAAAGCUACAUGGCUCCAGAGCGAAUCGCUGGCGGUGGUGUUCAGCAAUCCGGAGCGAGCGGUGGCGGGACCUACAGUGUUCAAAGUGACAUCUGGAGUUUAGGAUUGACCAUUAUUGAAUGUGCCAUUGGCCGAUAUCCAUAUCCUCCUGAGACUUUCAACAAUAUCUUCAGCCAACUGCACGCUAUUGUUCACGGGGAGCCACCAACACUUCCGGAGUCUGGGUAUUCUGACGAAGCGCAUUCCUUUGUCCGCGCUUGUCUAGACAAAAACCCCAAGAAUCGUCCGUCGUACAGUACGUUGCUCCGACAUCCCUGGAUUGCGCCCCUUAUGCGCCCACCGGAGGAGUCGGACGGUGAUGAUAUGACGUCUGCCUCUUCGGCCGGAGUUACCCAUUCUUCUGUCACUGAAGAUAAGGAGGUCGCCGACUGGGUUAAAGAGAUGCUGGAGCGUCGCAACAAUGGCCUUCUGCACGAUUCCAAUAAGCCGGCACUACAUGCUGUCGCCCUGGAUGCUGUUCCAGGCAGCCCUCUUCUUGAUGAUCCUUCCUCAAUUUCCUUACAACCUUGAUGAAACACAGAACUUAGGCUUAGAUCUUUUUCCCCCCUUGGCAUAUACCUGCAUAUAUCCCGUGCUGCCUUGAGUUCCGGGUUAACGGGUGGAUGGGAAGUGCACAGAUAAGCUGAAGACUUACUGGCGCAGGCGCCUCUUGCCGAAAGCCCUCCGGUAUAAGGGCCAUGCGCGACGACAUAGGUCCUAUAUUAGCUUCGGCUUUGUCUUUACGGGAGCUUGCAGCAUGUAUGAGCCAACUUACUCUUUCUAGUGAUGUCGUCAUAGUAUCUUGGAAUUUCUCAUGUAUUAUGAAUUAAGACGUGAUUUAACGCCAUGGCUUUUAUUAUAACGACUAUCUAGGAGCAAAUCUUUCACCAGUGUUAGUUAUCUGACUCUGAUGUUAUGUAAUUAGCAUUGUAUAACAAUAAAACCAUACUCAGUUGUUUUCGG